GUGAAGCAAAGCCGUGUUGGGCGCUGACGCAUGCGCACAGCUAACUGCACCCGGUUCGGCUCCCCUUUCUUGGUCAGAGGCGCCGAUUGGACUCAGGGCCGGGGCAUGAUGGUGGUGGGUACGGGCACGUCGCUGGCGCUCUCCUCCCUCCUGUCCCUGCUGCUCUUCGCUGGGAUGCAGAUGUACAGCCGCCAGCUGGCUUCCACCGAGUGGCUUACCAUCCAGGGGGGCCUGCUUGGCUCCGGCCUCUUCGUCUUCUCUCUCACUGCCUUCAAUAAUCUGGAGAAUCUUGUCUUUGGCAAAGGAUUCCAAGCAAAGAUUUUUCCUGAGAUUCUCCUCUGCCUCCUGUUGGCUCUCUUUGCAUCUGGCCUCAUCCACCGAGUCUGUGUCACCACCUGCUUCAUCUUCUCUAUGGUUGGUCUAUACUACAUCAACAAGAUCUCUUCCACCCUGUACCAGGCAACAGCUCCAGUCCUCACACCAGCCAAGGUCACGGGCAAGGGCAAGAAGAGAAACUAACCUUGAAUGUUCAAUAAAGUUGAUUCUUUUUA